GCGGGGCCGGCGGGCGGCACUUCCGGUGCCCACGCGCCACCGCCUCCUCCGCCGUCGCGCAGCUCGCGGCCGUCACUUUGUGUAGUGCGGGGGGGUCCCCGGUGGUCACAGCCCCCCGCCCCCGAGUCCGUGUCUCGCUCCGGCUUGGUUGGGCCCCGGGCGCGCGCGCGACAUCCCAGAUGGGUCUCUCUUCUGUGGUUUGAGAUCCUAUCAAGUGUGCAACAGUGACCAUCACCAGGCUAAUGCAUGGAUUUGAUUUUACCCACUGUCCUCUUUGGAGGCAGAGGCUCUCCACUGCUUCUGGGGUGGAUUUUAGUUUGAUGUACCCUUCCCUCAGUCAGUGGUUGGCCUGUUGUGGAGUGUGACAGUUGAGCCCUGACACCGAUUUGAAAAAACAACAACGGAAAACAAACCGAUGUCCAUGUCAUUAACUAUAGAUCUUCGGGCCAUGUCUUCAGAGGGGGUCCGAGAGCUGCUGACUGAUGGGCACUCUCUCCUUUCCCCGAAGAGACAAAACAAAGACACUUUUCCAGCCCUGUGCCACACCCAGCCACCUACAGCCGCGUAGGUGCCAGUGAUCUGACGGUGUGUGGGCCUGAACUGGCUCAUGUGUGCGGAGGGCAGGGCCACACGGAGGCUCUCUCCUAGGGAUGAUGGCUGCCCUUCAAACUACUCCAGAAUCCCCAGCUACCCACCUGGAGCCUGCCGAAGAUGGGUCGGAAUGCGAUGCGGACCCUGAAGAGGAGGAUGAGGAUGAGAAGGGGAGAGAGGAGGCAGAGGGGGAACAGGCAGAAGAGGUAGUGGUGGAAGAGGAGGUGGCCACACAGGUACAGGAGGUGGAGGUGGAGGCCAGCUCAGAGGACAGUGCCAAUGCCAAUGCCGAUGCCGAUGCCGAUGCUGACAGUGUGGAGGAGGUGCCGGCAGAGGAGCAGAGUCUGAGCUUGGGGACCCAGGAGCAGCGUAGCAAUGGUGGUGAUGUGAAGUCGCCAGCUCUUCGAGGAGAAGCCCUGCAGGCCUCCCGAGUGUCUCCUACUAUUCAGGAUGAAGACCCGGAGGAAGAGGAGGAAGAGGAAGACGACGAGCAUUUCCUGACACAGGGGCUGGUGACUUUUGAAGAUGUGGCUGUGUACUUCUCUUUGGAAGAGUGGGAGAGGCUGGAUGUGGACCAGAGGGACCUCUACCGGGAAGUAAUGCAGGAGAACUAUGGGAUCCUGGUCUCCUUGGGAUACCCAAUCCCCAAGCCAGAUCUGAUUUUCCACCUUGAACAAGGAGAAGAACCUUGGGUCCCAGACAGCCCCCAUCCUGAGGAGGGAGACAUUGUCACCGGCGUCUACACGGGAGCCUGGUUCUGGAACGAUGACAUAGAGGACCAUGAAGAGGAAGAUGAUGAGGACUUCCUUGCUGAGAUGGCAGAGGAAGAGAACGAGCCCCCAGGGCUCUGGUCUGCUGCCUAUGGUGUGGGGGACGUGCCUGGGACUUGGGGCCCUGACGACUCAGAUUCGGCUCAGACUCCAGAGGGUUGGCUCCCCAACCCAGGCAGCCUCGGGAUCCUGGCCGAGGAGGUUGAAGCUAAACAUUUUCUGUCUGGCCGGGAGCCCGGGGAGAACUUUCUGGCUCCCUGGGCGUUUCCCGCAGUGGCUGUUCCUAUCGGACACCCGGAGACCACUUGCGAUGUGUGCGGCAAAGUGUUCCCGCACCGUUCGCGCCUGGCCAAGCACCAGCGUUACCACGCGGCCGUCAAGCCCUUCGGCUGCGAGGAGUGUGGCAAGGGCUUUGUGUACCGUUCGCACCUGGCCAUCCACCAGCGCACUCACACCGGCGAGAAGCCCUUCCCGUGCCCGGACUGCGGCAAACGCUUCGUCUACAAGUCGCACUUGGUCACACACCGGCGCAUCCACACGGGCGAGCGGCCCUACCGCUGCGUCUUCUGCGGUGCGGGCUUCGGGCGGCGCUCCUACUUGGUGACCCACCAGCGCACGCACACGGGCGAGAGGCCCUACCCGUGCCUCCACUGCGGCCGGAGCUUCAGCCAGAGCUCCGCGCUCGCCCGCCACCAGGCUGUGCACACCGCGGACCGUCCUCACUGCUGCCCGGACUGCGGCCAGGCUUUCCGCCUGCGCGCUGACUUCCAGCGGCACCGGCGCGGCGGCUGCACGGAACCCAGCAGCGGCGAUGGCACGGGGAUGGCCCCCCACGAGAUGGAGAUGGCAGUCGCGUCUGUAGCCACGGCGGAGCCGGGGGAACUGGAGGCCAGGCCCGAGGAGAUCGAAGAGCCCGUGCCUGGGGUGGCAGAUGGAGACACCGAGGCUGAAGCCAGAGAGGACGAGGAGGUGGUAGCUGCGGCGGCAGAGGCGACUGUCCCCGACGGCAAGAAGGACCCUGAGCCAGACAGACGGUUCCGUGAGAUGGGCAAUGGCCUGAGCGGGGGCGAAGGGCCUUCCUCGCACCCGCUCGGCUUCCAUUUCCCCAUGCACCCCAAGUCUUGGCUGCAUCCGGACGGGUUCCCCAUACUAGGGUUCCCCGAGUUCUCUGAACGGCUGCAGGCUGAUGGGCGCCAUCUCUCCGCCCCGCUGGGCGCCCCGCUGACUCUGGAGGGCGCGGGGUUGGCUUGUGACCCGUUUCGCAGCGCGGGCUCCGGCGUCGGGGCGGAUGGUGGCCUGCGAGCGUUCGCGCCCGCCGUCGGGUCGCUGCUGGCGGAGCCGGCGCCCGCCGCGCUGGCGGAGGAGGAGAGCCCGUGGAUCUGCUCCGACUGCGGCAAGACGUUCGGGCGGCGCGCGGCGCUGGCCAAGCACCAGCGCUACCACGCGGGCGAACGGCCGCACCGCUGCGCCGACUGCGGCAAAAGCUUCGUCUACGGCUCGCACCUGGCGCGCCACCGGCGCACGCACACGGGCGAGCGGCCCUUCCCGUGCCCGGAGUGCGGCGCUCGCUUCGCCCGCGGCUCGCACCUUGCGGCGCACGUGCGCGGCCACACGGGCGAGAAGCCGUUCGUGUGCGGCGUGUGCGGUGCGGGCUUCAGCCGGCGCGCCCACCUCACGGCGCACGGGCGGGCGCACACGGGCGAGCGGCCCUACGCCUGCGGCGAGUGCGGCCGGCGCUUCGGGCAGAGCGCGGCGCUGACGCGGCACCAGUGGGCGCACGCCGAGGAGAAGCCGCACCGCUGCCCCGACUGCGGCAAGGGCUUCGGCCACAGCUCGGACUUCAAGCGGCACCGCCGCACGCACACCGGCGAGAAGCCGUUCCGCUGCGCCGACUGCGGCCGCGGCUUCGCGCAGCGCUCCAACCUCGCCAAGCACCGGCGCGGCCACACCGGCGAGCGGCCCUUCCCCUGCCCAGAGUGCGGCAAGCGGUUCUCUCAGCGGUCGGUGCUCGUGACUCACCAGCGCACGCAUACCGGGGAGCGGCCGUACGCAUGCGCCAACUGCGGCCGGCGCUUCUCGCAGAGCUCGCACCUGCUCACUCACAUGAAGACGCACCGCGGGCAGGCGGGCGCGCAGGCGCAGAACACCGCCGCUAAGGCCCCGGCACCCGCCAAGGCAACGCCGCCGCCGCCGCCGCUACCGGGCUCGGGCUCCGGGUCCGGAACGCUGCUCGAGUUCGCCGGCGGAACCAGCUUCGGCUCUGAUCCCGCCGCGUUCGCUGGGCCCUCGGGCGCCUACGAGGAGAGCGUCCUGUGAGGCCUGGUCGAAGCGCGCGGCGCUUCCCCGCUCCUCGGCGGGCUGAGGAUUCCCAAGUUUGGGUGCCCCUGGGCUUCAUCGCCCCGAGCUUCAGAUCUCGCGCUUGGGCGCGCACGGGCCGCCACCCUGAUCGAGAGUGCCCCAUCCCUGGAUCUGUGCUUCAGGGAUAGCGGGCAAGGCCAAUUCGUCCAUCACGGAUUCCGAUUCAGGGAUUCAGGUGGUCCGUAGAGCCCAGCUUAGGAGUCUGUCACCCGGCUUUCUGGCAGCGAAGGGAAGCUUUUAGCAUCGGGAGAGGGCAAGAGAGAUCAUCUGGCUGCUCUCUUCCGCAUCUGGGUUUCUGGGUGGGUUUGGCUUCUUCCUAUUCUCCCUAGGAGAUUCGGGGAUCGUCUUCCGGUCACUUGAGUGUGUCCAGUAAGUUUUAAGAACAUGGUUUGCUGCAGGAGCCUCACUAGAAUCGGGGGAGGGGGACGGAGGUGCGAACAGGUAAAGCUUUUGUUCUGUCGACUGUGGGUAUUUAUUUUCAUCUUUUGUAUGGCGGGAAGACUGUGGGGAGGAGUUAAAAAAGCAAGAUACCAAAUGGGUAGCCAGGUUGCAGAUGUUGGCUAGGUCCCCGUGGAGUUGGAAGCCUUAUUCUUUGAAAAUCCUUACUCCAACCCCUAAACACGGGUCUGCCGAGCACUGGCUACAAGGUGGGUUUUGGUAUUGGUAUCCCCUCCAAGCUUGUUGGUUCUCUAGUGGCUGCAAGUGGCACACAUGGACGUCUUUGGAGUGCCUCCUGUGGGCUCCUCCAGACCUAGUCUCCAGACUAGUUCCCUAGCAGCGCCCUCCGCUGCAGCAGGUGGCUGCGGAGCCCCGUGCUCAGCCUUUCACAACCUUGGGGUGGGUCCAGGAACCUUCCCCCUCAGCUUUUAAUAAGGGCCCUACAUCCUCUGCAAGCCUCUUAACUCUGCUUCUGUAAUAAUCACCCUGCGGUACAAGCUGGUAGUGUUUCUGCCACAGCUGGGCCCGUGGCUUACAGAGGGAUUGGUGGCUUACACAGUGGUUGUCCACUUAAGGCAUCACAUGGACCUGAGCUCACAGCGCCCUUGCACAGCCUGGACUGUUGGCAUCUGGGGUGUGGCUCAUGCAAGCCCCUCCCACCCUCCCUGAAUACUGGGCCAGAGUGACUGGGAGCUAAAGAAGUGAGAUUUCCACCCACCCUGCAUUCCCUUUUAGACCUAGAUCCUUUGUUGUAGUGUAGAUAUGCCUUUGGGCCCAAGAGCUAACAUGCAGGCUGCUAGGUGCUGGGUGGGUAGUCCAUGGGUGGGAGAAGAGCUGGGGUGGUGAUGGUCAGAACUUAGCCUGGCCAGGUGAGGUGGAGUGGGAAGGCAUGGGUCCUGAUUGCUCAGCAGUGGCCCCUCUGUCCCAUUUUUAAAUGCUCUUCCCAUGUCUGCUGGGACAUGAACUUCAGAAAAAGCCAGGGCAGGGUGGGCUGGGAGGGCACCAUCCCCAUCCCUCCUAGUCCCCAGCGGUUUCCACCCUGCCCCUCUGGUGUGGGUAGGAGGACCCAGCUUCAAUAAAGAUGGAGAAACAAG